AUGCCCGCAAAAGCCCCCUCCAAAAAGGGAGGUAAAACAGCACUUUUGAAGGCCCAGGAGAACCUAUGUGCAGAGAUGGUGUCGACCGCGGGACGCACCGCAAGUGGUCGGCAACGUUGGCCAACCGAAAAAGAAACAUAUCGAAGAGAAGAACGCCAAAAGGCCUUAGAAAUGAAGAUGAAGAAGCACGACUUAAAGGCACUGCGCACUACAUACCGGACACAUCCCGAGGUAUUCGACAGCAAGCCUGCUGGGCUUCUCAGUGAUGCUGACAUGGACGAAGACAACAUGUUUUCGGACCGCAGUGUACCUACAAGACUACCUAAUCAACAGGCGCUCACAUACAGUAUGAGCAAGACCCCUCCAACUGUCUUGGCCCGAAAUCCCACAAGUAAGAUCCAUACAAAGCCACAGAAAGCGUCCACAACUGUUGUGUCUUUGCAUAACGACAGUGACAGUGAGGGCAGCAGCAACAGCAACGAUUCGAACAACUUUGUCGAUCACAUGGACCAGGACGACACUGAGAUUGUGGUGCGGACAACACUCCCGAUGAUCAUGACGAAGUGGCCAAAGCUUCUUCACCACUGGUUGUCAGCACCAAGCACAAACUGGAGGACUCAAAGGUCCUCAAUACUGACAUGA